AUGCAGGACGACACAUUUGACGCGUCAAAACGUCCAAAGAUAACCAAAGGCGCUAUUAAUCGAUAUAAACCCCUUGAAUUUGCUCCUCCGACGUUUGAUGAGCCAAGAAGGACAAGUGUGUCACAAAGAUCGACCCUUUCUCUACCUCUGCCUCUGCCUCCUCCUCCUUCCUUUUCAUAUCCGGGUGGCAAAGAUAAAGAUGAAAAAAGCGUCUCAAAGCUCCCAAAGGCUUAUAAGCUCCUCGAGCCCCCUCUUCGACCGCAAUCACCACCCAAUUCGACUUCACCUCGCGGAAAGAGCAAGGCGACCUUGGGAAACAUUCCUAUACCACCUCCCCUUGAGAUCGAUGAGAGGAGUUCCCUCAUAGCUCACAAGAAGAUGAGAAGCGCCCUCGAUACACCUCUAAUCAUGGGACUACCGUUUUCCCAGGAAAGCUCUGGAUCUCAGUCACCAAAGAAGAGAGAUGGUUUAAAGUUCGAGUUUGAACGUGGUGUAGGACCCAGUCCCGAGAAGAAGGGACAUCCAUUACCACGGAUUGGCUACAAGUAA